AUGGACAGAAAUAUAAAACGUGAGCCGUAUCUUACUACGUGUAUCAUGCGAAAUGCACUUCUGUGUAUUGUUUACAUUGCAAAAUACGAAAGUAUUGGUACGGAUGAGGUGGAGUGGAUGCUGUAUUGGAAGGCUAUUAGCUCAGCGUUACGCGAUAUAUAUAACUGCUUAGCAUAG